UUUCUUGUAUAUAAAUUGUGUAAGUUAUGCUAAUUUUUUUUAGGUAUGAAUAUGCUGUUUCAGUAUUAAAUUAUUAUUAUUAUUUAUUUUUAUUAUAAUUAUGUAUUAUUAUUAUUUUUAUGUAUUUUAAUACCUUUAUAUUUUAUUUGUAUUAGUUUUUAUAUUUGUAUACCUAUUGAAUUAAAUACUUUAUAAAAUUAAUAAUUAAAUAUUUAAUUAUACUAAUAUUCAUUAGUACAAGAGUAUUUGGAAAAUAUUUAAGGGCCCCCCCUGCGGUCAAAGUCUGCGCACGCCUAUGCAAGUUCAUGAAGCAGCGACACACUGCAAUCUAUGCAAAAUCGAGUUUACCCCACCUUCGGAGGUACUAUAUCGUAAGACAGCUGACCAUUGUCAUCUCACAGGAAAAUACCGUCAAGCUCUCUGCAAUGUAUGCAAUCAAAAACUACAAACACCCGUUUUUGUACCGUGCUACUUCCAUAACUUGUCCAACUAUGACGCGCACCUGAUAGUGACAGAACUUGGUCACGACACCCAAGCUAUUACCGUGAUACCGAAUAGCGAGGAAAAAUUUAUAUCGUUUUCCAAGUAUGUGUCAAAUAAUUUCACAGUCCGUUUUAUAGACACUUUCCGCUUCAUGGCUUCAAGCCUAUCUUCUCUGGCUAAAAAUUUAAUUACACCUAAACUUGAGAAUUUUCGAGAAACCGCCAAAGUAUUUACUGAAGAUGAUAUGCCACUCGUAACUCGUAAGGGGGUGUACCCGUACGAGUACACGGAUAGUUGGAGCAGGUUGGACGAGACGACUUUACCGAGCAAGAGGAGUUUUUAUAGAACUUUAAACGAGUCAGGGAUAAAGGAAGAUGAAUAUAUGCAUGCAAAGGAGGUCUGGGAGCACUUCGGCUGCAGGACGCUGGGCGAGUAUAGUGAUCUGUACUUGAAAAUCGAUGUGUUGCUGCUGGCGGACGUCUUCGAAAAUUUUCGUGAUGUGUGCAUAAAGACAUACAACUUGGACGCGGCGUAUUAUUUUACUGCACCGGGAUUGAGUUUUGACGCGAUGUUGAAGUUUACCGGGAAAAAGUUGGAGCUGUUGAGUGAUUACGAUAUGUUAUUAAUGUAUGAGAAUGGUAUUCGUGGUGGAUUAGUGCAGGUAAGCAUGAGACAUGCCAAAGCGAAUAAUAUAAAGACCCCAGACUAUGACGAAACUAAGGAGAAAUCGUGGUUGAUAUAUCAGGAUUGUAAUAAUCUCUAUGGCUGGGCUAUGAGUCAGUAUAUGCCAUACGGUGACUUCAAAUGGGUUGAAUCUAACUUGAAUGGACUGAGUGAGAUGUCACCAACGUCAGACAAAGGACGAGUAUACGAAGUUGAUGUCUCAUACCCACACAAUUUACAUGAUAAGCAUAAUGACCUGCCUUUCCUGCCACAAAACGGUAUACCACCCGGCUCAAAGGUGAAAAAAUUGAUGGCAACGUUUUAGCAGAAAAAAAAUUACAUAAUACAUUACCGGAACCUACAGCAGGCAAUUGAAAAUGGGUUGAUAGUUGAAAAAGUAAAGUACAUAGAGUUCUAG